AGUGUUAGGCAAAGAAAGCAAAACAAAUCAUCAUGCCUCGUAAAUUAUAUUUAACUGUAAAUGUACGAAGUGGAAAAUGAAUUUGUUUUAUUUCAAUAAUUUAAAAUUUAAUUUAUGAUCAUGUUUAGUUAUGAUGUAAAAUUUUUAACCAACGAAGAAACUGUCUAUAUAAAAAACAAUGAUUUAAGGAGUUUCAAGUAUGAAACCAAAAAGAAAUUGGAAGAGUCAGUGUAUGAUGUUGGUAAACGUAAUUAUCUACAACGGCGCGGUGGACACUGGCAGUCACCAAGACCGAGACAACUUCGCCAAUUGGAAUCAAAAAUUCACGACACCAAUAUAGUAUUCAGUCAAUGGAUGAAUGAUAAUUGCAUAACAUUAAUGUUCUCUUCUGGUGUUAUAGCCUACAUAACUGUUAAGUCAAGUACAUUAGAUAUAACACACAUUUUGUUUGAUCGAUACUGUGUUGGAAGACUGAGCGGUUCAACUGUUACUGGUGUUGCAUUCUGCAAAACACUUUUAUUUCUAACACACACAGACAAAACAGCAACUUUAAUAACAUUUGGAAAGUGUGUUGAUAAUAACACACCUUGUCAAAUAUCUGAUAGAGAUCCUCAUUUACAGUCUAUAGAGCUAGGUGGGAGUGGACGCAGGACAGAACGCCAUGUGUCAUGGUGUGAGAGCGAUCAUGUCCGUCUGCUAGUCUGGGGCGCCGCUGUCGCUGAACCAGCGCCCUGGAGCCCUAUUAUUGAGGACCAUGCUAACUUGCAUCUUUACCAGGUUACCAGUCAACAGUUCACACUUCUGGCGUACCAUCAGAUUGAGAACGAAGUGUUGCUAGCUGAACUGUCUCAUAGAUGUGAUAAUAUUAUACAUAUUGUUGACCAAACUGCCUGUCAUAAGAGCGGCGUGACUCUCUCAUGGGUGCGUUACGACCUCCCCCCCUCACCGCGCGCCGUGAAGCUCUCCUCGCUGCGCGACCGCGUGUCCGGCGUGUCAGACGUGUCGGGAGUGUCCGCUGUGUCGCGAGCGUCACUGCCCGCGCCAGCCCGUGUCGCGCGCCGCUCCCCUUGCGAUGCAAGACUAGUUGUGGCCUGUAUCGAUGCCUCUAUACACAUCCUACAUACAACCGGACUCACACAUACCGUUAGAGCCGGAUUUAUAGCUACAGAUGUGAGAUGGGCCGGCGAACUGAUAGUAGCUACCGAGGAAGCCGGCAGAUUACAAUGCUUUGACCGAGCGCUGACUUUACUACACCAUCACACAAAAUGUUUAGAUUUGACAGCUUACAUGAGAACCUCAAAGCGCGUACAAAUAUUAGCGACGCAUGGUAUGAAAGGCGGGCCGCUUAUACUGGCUUCAUUCAAUGGAGGUCCCUUAACGAUACUGAGAAUUACUCAUGCACGGCUAAUAACGGCCUACAUCCGGUCAAAUCGCAUCCCAAACGCAGUCGCCCUGUUAAGGGCUAUGGACUGGGAGGAAGAAGGUUCGGAAUGCCUCAACGCUAUGAGUGAUAUAGUGCGAAAUGCUCUAAGGAAGGGAAGUCUGGGGGAAAACGGCGAAGUCGGAGUCCAGAUAGCGUUGGGGGCUUAUUUGGCACCCACCAACCCCCUACCAAUUUCAGCUUCAAAAUACGCGCCCGCCGUACACGAUUUGGCCAGGAAGUUUUUCCAUCACUUGCUCAGGCGUGGUCGUAUCGAGAAAGCGUUGAGUCUAGCUGUAGACCUGGCUGCGUGGGACCUGUUCGUAGACGCGCGUUGGGCCGCUAAACGUCAAGGUCUACAACAUCUCGUAGAGGAAGCCUCUUCUUGCGCUACGCAUUACGCCAGGAUGGAACGCCCCGAUUCAGAAUGUUCAGAUUCGUGUUCGCAGUGCAGUUCUUAUUCCGGUUCCGAGGACGGGUCGAGCACAUCGUCUAAAGCUGUGCCGACGAAGCCCCCUCCCCUGCCCCGCGUCCCUCUGCCUUCCAACCCAUCAAUACUGACAGUGCCAAAAACACAACAUGAACCUUACACUACUAACAGCAUCCGACCAAACCUACAUCAGUAUUUAGAAAGAGACACCACUAUAUGGGGGAAGAAUAUAAAGGACGAUUCGUACAUCAUGAGCUCGUACAGGAACGUGCAACAGAUAAAUAAUAAUAACAGGUGGAACAGCUUGGACGAUGUACUGAGCGUGCAAAGGAAUCCGACAUCCAGCUACAAGAACGCGCAAACCGACAUCCAGAGGUCGCACGACGAGAGAAUCGCCUCGCAUUUCAAGCAAUUAUUCCAAACUGAGCUCAAAGAAGAAGCGAAGAUGAAGGACAGAUAUUUACAGAGUGUGAGCAGUGGAAACGGAAGGUACCAGGAGAAUUACUGGCCGGGGCAGGCCAAGCCCGAGAAGAACAAAGUCAAGUUUUCUGAUACUGUCACCAUAGCUGUUGUUUCUGAGCCUCCUGUCCCGGACCCGGCUCGUGAACUGGCCGCCAGUCUACCUUUGUGCCCUCCUCACAAAUACCUCUCGGCCUUCGCCCCCUCCGAAAAUGCUGUUCAAAAGCCGCCUAAAAUCAAAGUUGUUCAUUUCGGAAUGGUCUAAAUGUAAAAUGUUGAACAGUUAAUAUAUCUUUAAGUGUACUAAGCCGUCCAUUAACAUAGUAUUUUUAUAGUUACAUAUAUAUUAUUUAUAUACAUCAGGCUGUAAACUACCUCUUAAAAAAAUUAAGAAAUAAUUUGAUAAAUAUAUGUUGUAUUAGAAAGUGAUGUACUUAUAAAUGUAAAACAGAUAUCGAAAAUAUAAUAAAUUUUCUACUUUUUCAUGAAAAUAUACUCACUAUGGUUGUAAAUUGUGUUAUCGUUACAAUUUUGCCAUAUUUUUGUUAUAACGACUUAGUCAUAAGAUGAAUGCUUAAACAUUAUUAAUAUUAAUGCGUAAUUUUUUAUUUUUAACUGUUGUUGUAAUAAAUUUACUAAUUUUCUAACAAUUCACAUAUAAUAAAAGUGAAUCCUAAGUUUUAUUUUUAUCAUUAAUUUCCAGCCAAAAACAAUUUUCCUGUUUCUCCCCAAUAAAUCCUUGUUUUUGAAAAGUUGUACUAAAGACAGCAUAUUAAGUCACAAGAAUUUAAGAUCUUGCCAUUGUUUCAAAGCACUUGACAAAAAUUACUCUGAUAAAACAAUUCUUCAACUAGGCAUGAAAUAACAAAAGUUUUUGUGGUUUUUCCCUUUUUAUUUGUUUUUACAAAUUAAUAAGCAAUAGCAGAUGGUGUGCAAAGUCAAUGAGUAAUUAAGAAUUUAAUCCUUAAGCUUCUUCUUGGGGCGGAGGUUGUUUGUGUGUCCACACUUAGUCUUGCGGCAGUUGGUAGCACGCGGGUGAAGACGAGCGUAGCAUUUACGGCAAAUCAUUUUGUCGCAAUUGUAUUUCAUUGCCAAGAUACGAAGGGAAGGCUCAAUGGUACCUGAAAUAAUAAUGUUCAGUUACAAGUUACUCUAUAAUUAAUUGAAAUUCACUCACAAAAAUAACUUCACUAUGAAUACUAUCAACUUCCAAAACAGCUCACCUCCUCUAAGUCUCAACACAAGAUGCAAGGUAGAUUCCUUUUGAAUAUUGUAGUCGGAUAAGGUACGACCAUCUUCCAAUUGUUUUCCAGCGAAAAUCAAUCGCUGCUGAUCUGGUGGAAUACCUUCCUUGUCUUGGAUCUUGGCCUUUACAUUCUCGAUGGUGUCAGAGGCCUCAACCUCUAGGGUAAUGGUUUUACCCGUUAGGGUCUUAACGAAAAUCUGCAUUU